UGGUUUUUUUUUGCUUCGGUCGCUCGUUUGUGAAAGCUUCAAAGGUCUUGCGAGGCUGGAGCGAAAUCGAGUUCCUCUUGCUGCAACGACGGCUCUUACCGGUAGAAACCGAAGUGGGAGAAUCCGAGCCAGGCUGCGUGGCGUCAAGAAUCGGGACGAAAGCUGACCGCUUUCCUUUAAAUCCGAAGCAGAUUCUGUAUGGGAGCCGAGGAGCUGCGAGGGGACAGCACAGUCCCUUUCCUUUGCCAGCCAUUUCCCUACUCAAAAUCGCCUCCAGGUGAACAACGAGGUCUUUCUCAGGUGUGCAACAUGGUGUCAGAAACCUCUUCCAGCAGAGGGGCCGGCCUGUAGCAAUAUUUCAACAUUGUCCCGAUGGCAUCCCUCCAGGUCUUACCUCUCUGCUUCCUAUUAGUAACCACUCAGGGAUCUAAUAAGUUCCGUAAUUUCACGUGUGAUGAAGAUGUUACUGCAGAACUUGGGAAAAACAUUAACAUUACAUGUGAGAACAACCAAUCAAUGCAUAACGCAACAGUGAAGUUCUGUCCUAAUAAGACAAGUUGUCCAGAGAAAAGUGACCUCAGCUCAAUAAGAAAAAAAUAUAUUACUGACAAUGGAAGAAUUUCAUUGACGAUGAUAAAUCAAUCUGUUAUCCUCAAUGUCCACAAAGUAAAAAUAUCUGACCAAAGACAUUAUGAGUUUUUUUUGCAAGCUGUUAAUGGAUUCGACACCAGAAUUAUAUAUCUAAAGGUUGUUGCACCGUAUUCUGAACCUCAAAUCAAAAUUCAGAAGGACACUGUGGUGUGCACAGCGUCGGGAGGGCAUCCACAGAGGCAGCUCUAUUGGUUUAGUGACCAUGGAACCAACCUGACUCACAAUUCAAAACUUGUGUCUUCGAAAAACGAAGAUGGAUCAUUCUCUCUCAUCAGUACUCUUCAGCGGCAAUCUCUUGAUAGUGACACGAUAUGCUGCUCCAUCCUCAACAACAACAAUUCAAAACUUGUGUCUUCGAAAAACAAAGAUGGAUCAUUCUCUCUCAACAGUACUCUUCAGCAGCAAUCUCUUGGUAGUGACAUGAUAUGCUGCUCCAUCCUCAACAACAACACAAAUUGUGAUAAACUCCAGGGUUCUGCUCGCGAUCAUGUUGGAAAUGAAACAACUGCCAAUAAAUUAUCACAAGAUGCAGAAAAGAAAAUAGUAAUUCCAGUUCUCAUCGUCAUUACGCUGGCAGCCAUUUGUGCUGUUAUUAUGGUUUUUCUUCACAGAAAGAAGAAAGGUGCAUUCUCAGGUGCAAUAAGAAAUGCAUAUUUCCAGCGGCUUUUUCUAUCUGAAGAUUAUACAGGAACGUCAGUGACAAACCAAAUUGAAGUAAAUGCAGUGACUGGAUCAAGAAACACAUGGAAAACUGUAACACUCCAGGACCCUGCAAUUCAGAUUGCGAAGGCAAGGGACUCUGUAUGACCUUCUGCUCUGCAAGCCCAUCUUAUGACAUUUCUAAGCCAUUUUAGUGUCUUAUUAGCCAUGAAAGACUUGCCUUUCAUGUGGAAGAAGAAGCCUGCUAUUUGGAUUCCACUUCUUUCUCCAGCAUAAUACAAUGCAUCUUUCUUCAGGUUUUGAGCAGGGUUGUUUUCUUGCAGCACUCCUUUACAUAGCAUCUGUAGAUAGUCCUCUCUGUAAAUAGUUGCAGCAGGCUAGGUAUGUCGUAUAUUAAUGUAGCAACAACAGUAUAGUCAUCUGCAUUCAGAUCUCACCUUUGUUAAAUACCUCCUGAGAAGCCUUGGACAAAUCAUGAGUCAGGGCUGUGAUCUAAAGGUGCAAAUAACAAUAUAUACAUUGUAAGUUUUAUCGUUUUGUCUUUAUUUUUUAAGAAGGUAUUUACCGUACUCGUUUGUGAUUAUUACUUGUAAUUAUUGUGAUUAUUACUUUUUUGAUUAUUACUUGUGAUUAUUAUUAUUAUUUUUAGAGUGUGUGUCUUCAAAUAAAAAUAACUGAACUGUGGAAGAAUUAUACUACUGAACUAUUUUAGAAACUCCCCCUGCCCCCAGAACUGCCUCCAGCUUAGUCUACCAGCUCCUGAAAGGAGUGUCUUAGCAAAGUAGCUGAGAAGUGGCGCAACCAACUAUACAAUUACUGGUCAGUUUUGGUUUCAGCCACACUAAAACUGCAAAUUUAGGAGUGAAGCCCCAUUGAACAGAAUGGCAUUCUCAUUUUAAUGUGCAUUUACGGGACCAAAAGUUGCUCUGGUUUUAUCUCUGAUUUAAAACCUGGAAUGGUGGCAAAUUUUACCUAACUUGGGCUCAUAUACAAGCUCUGGGAACUCCACAAGAAGGGGAAAUCUUUAUAAUCCUAUGAGUUCUUCACUGGCUCAGAUUAAAAUCUAAGCUGUGGAAAAAAUAUCUGUCUCCUUUUACCUCUCCCUGCCAGCUCCACCCACCCAUCUUUGAAUUUAGCCUCCACAGCAUCCUCAUUUCAGUCCCCAUGUUAACUAAUACAGCAAAGGACUACAUUCCUUUGUGAAGAGGAAGGAGGAGGGGUAGAAUAAAGAGCCUGCUAGACACAUAUACUUCACCCCUCCCACCUGAUAUGGAUAGUGGCUAUAGAGAUACCAACCAUAGAAGUAUGGCAAAUGAAGACAAUGGACUUUAUGGAACUUGCCGAACUGAUUGGAAGACUCCACGACCAGAAAGAAGAGAAGAUUGGAAGAAAUUUAAAUUAUGUUUAAAAAAAUAUUGUAAUAUUUGAUCUUUUGGAAUUCUUUUGGAAGUUGAUAUAGGCUAUCAGUGUAGAAGUAGGAUUGUUUAGUGUAUUAAGAUAUUAGGAAGUUUAAAAGGUGAGAAAUUUCAGAUAAGGAUAAAAUGUAUAAUAUGGUGUGUGUUUUUUAAAUUUUGGAAACUGCUAAAGAUGGAUAAAAUUGAAAUUCAGAGAGGUGGGACUCGAGGAAGUCA